AUGUCUCCAGAAUCAGAUCAUGAUGCAAACUUAUUAAGACCUCGCAGUUUGCUCCGUGGCCAGAUCACAUAUUCCACCGCAAGAGAAGACGGCAACAAUAUCCUCCAUCAACUUGGAUAUAGAGAUGAGAGAGAUCAAUACUUUACACAUUUGUUUCAGAAUCGUCAACUGAUCAAAAAAAUAAUUGGGCGCCGUCUGGGCCUAUCAUCUGAUUCAUGCCAUCUGGUUGACGUGGAGGAUUGGAUACAUGGCAGCUUUAACGUCUGCAUCCGGGCCGAUAUUGACACCUUCAAGCCUGGAAAUUCAGAUGAAAAGAUCCGCUGUGAGGCAGGGACCUAUGCAUGGCUCCAAGAGAAUUGCCCAAAUGUUCCCAUUCCACAUCUAUACGGGUUCGGAUUAUCCAACGGAGAGACCUUCACUCAUCUCGAACAUAUGACAUUUCUCACCCGUAUCGUUCAAUAUCUUCGUCGCCAUGUGUUGAGAUGGCUGGGUUAUUCGAUACCGACAUCUUACAUUCCUUAUCAAAUGAAUGAAGCGAAGCCCCUGGGGAAUGAAUACAUUUUGAUUGAGUAUAUCGAUUCAUCUCGAGGCCAAAUGCUUUUGCAAUCAUGGGGUAAAGGCUCUGGUAACUUAACUCUGAGCAACCGGCUUCUCACCCUUCAGCUUCAACUGUUGGAGAAUGAACACAUUCCAGUCGAUAUACCUCGACAGAUCACGCACGCAACAGCUGACUCUUAUAUACAUGACCUUCUCGCAUUUCACGAGAGCCGCUUUCGGCAUCAGCCAAAUGCCGUUAGCAGCCUUCAAGAUGGGUUCUACCAGGCGUGUGCAUUAUCGGUUAUAAGGAGUGUUUGGCCUUUUUUUUCCCGGCGCGACCUUCUCAGAGGGCCCUUCUUCAUGGAACUCACUGACCUCCACCCAAGCAACAUCAUGGUGGACGAGGAUUGGAAUAUUAAGAGUCUCAUCGAUCUUGAAUGGGCCUGCUCUCGUCCAGUGGAAAUGAUCCAUCCGCCAGAUUGGUUAGCAGGUGAACCCGGCCCCGAGAUGGAUCUCGAAGCCUAUGAGAUUACUCAUGGGGAGUUCGUUGAAAUUUUGAGGGAGGAAGAGGAGAAGAACUCUCUAGCACAACAGCCAGUCGUUCAAUUGCAUUCCAUUAUGAAGGAUGGGUGGGGGCGUGGGACGUUCUGGUGCUCCAUUGCACUCAAUAUGCCCAUGGCAUUGUUUGAAAUAUUCUACACUCAUAUUCAGCCACGAUUUUCGAAGUCUCACAAAGAUGAUGAGUCGUUUUGGCUUAUUACAAUGCCUUACUGGACAUUCGGUACGUUCAAGUUCCUCGAGAAGAAGUUAAGAGACAAGGAGCAAUAUGACCAGCGCUUGCACGAGGCAUUUUUUGACCGGAAAACUGAGUGCCUUUGA